AUGGAGGGCAGUAGUCUGCAGGGCUUUUGGCAUGAAGAUCAGUUCCGGCUUCUAGCUCCACCUCGGACGGUGACGCGAAACAGUCAGUCUUUUUACGAUAUCAAGAGUCAAGUUCUCCAAGCUCAAAGAAAGACGCAUUCUUCAGACGAAUCUGGACCUUCUUCACUCCUGACCCUGCCCAUCAGAACGAACUUCGGUUGUCAUGUACAGGAAACAGAACUGUUCGUCGAUCAGAAGGCAAGCGGAAUUUGGGGUCUAGAAAUUUGGAGUCAAUUCGGACCGGAAACAUAUAUGACACGUACUUUGUUGAAUUCAACGAACAAGAGCAGCGCUGUUGUCCCCUCAACCCUCCCUGACGGUGCGAGUUCCUUCGCUCUCUGUCUUGCGGAGCAUGGUGGCGCCUUCUCCAUCGGAGACGCAAAUGGAGAGCUACACACUUCAGAUACAGUAACGUCGAAUUUUAUUCCACACCAAGAGUCCUAUUCGGUCUACCUCUCAGGUAUCAGUGUUGGUGAUAAGAUCAUAUCUCUCGAAAACAGUAAAGGUGACAGAGCCGAUCCGAGCAAUGUGCCCCAGACUCUGCGGGGGAGCGCGCUUCAAAGUAGCAGUCCAGCCCGAGACGACCGCCCUAAUCCUCCACAUCACCUGCCCCAUCCAUCGACGAAAUUCGAGGUGCUUCUCGACUCGGGUACCACGAUGAGCUAUUUCCCCACCAGAAUUUAUGACGAAAUUGUUGGUGCUAUUGAAGAGUAUGCAGAGCUAAAGGGUGGCCGCCGAACCGGGAAUCGUAGAAGAAGACUCGCAGGUGCUGGGGAGAUUCCAACAGCAGCAAUCAACGAGGCUCCUGGGACAAACAGCCUUGCCAGAGGGAAACUAAUCAAGCUUCUUGGCCAGGAAGAAAGUGUUUCAGGUUCCGAAUUUGUUUCGGACUCGAUGUCAGCACAACACCGAAUCACGGUACGAAGCUUGGCGGCCACGGCGCACUCAGGUGUUGAAUAUGAUGUACUUUCAACUGGUACGGAAGGCCUUUCCGAGUUUCUUCCAGCCGGGAGCGCCGAGCAAGACGACGAGGUUAUAAUGAACUUGGUGGACAGGUUAACUAGUGAUGCAAAUCAUGUGGACACUAGUGGAACGGUAAAUACAGAAGGUAUCAGGCGUGCCGCCCCUGGUGAGAUCAGCAUUUCUAACCCACAGCGCCGUCGUCAGGAGCGCCCAACUCCAAGUUUAGCAAAGACCCCGGCAACAAACGAAGCGAACCAGCAUCUUGGCAGCUCACCAUCAUCCUCCGCUGCAGCAGGACAUAAUUCACAGACGCCGCACCCCCAGAGCGAGCAUCUAGCGUCUGGCCGAGGUCGGAGACAGCAGCGUCGUCAAGCGAGGCGCGUGGAGCUCGGACAGGAGGUGCGAGACAGCGAAGCAGAAGCGAUUGGCGAGAUCAUCACCACGUUAAGCGUCGAUGACGAAGUUGCGUAUGAGUUGUUGCCCCCCUCAGCUUCACCGAGGCAGAGUCAAGCGGUAAAGGUGGAGAGCACAGCUGGUGAACUUUGUUUCUACUUGCCUAAGGGCCGAGCCGAUCUCUCAUACUUCCCGGAUAUUUGGCUACACUUUGUACCACCCCAUCAGAACAGUGGAUCGGCAAGCUCUCUCCGCAGGGAUGCUGCACUGCAGAAUGGCCACGGUAAUGAGACCACAGAAACUAAGGAAACAGGUUCUGGUUGGGUGCGCUGGCAACCCGCAAGCUACUUGUAUACGAAAGGCAACGAGCAUUAUCGAUGUGUAGCGAUGAGUGACGAUCCUCGUGCCGACAGCUCUGGCGUCUUGGGCAGUAGCUUCUUCAUCGGUCACGAUCUCAUCUUCGAUGUCCGCCAUGAGAUGAUCGGUAUUGCUGAGGCAAGCUGCCCAGGGAUCAAGCUGAAGGAUCGACCCAGGGACCUGCCCUUGUAA